AGCAAAGGCACCUCCUGCAGCGUCACUGCAGCGAGUUCUUGGUUCGCGCGAUUAAAUGACGCAAUUUGCCUUUCUCAUGCUUUUUUUUUCGUGAUCUCUUUUUCACAUUUGCAAAUACGCAGGUUCAGAUGGCACUGUUAAGAAAAGGACUGGGGUUAUUGCUAACACAUCUAUCUGGAAAACCACAGCAGCUGCCUUUCAGCCUUUCUGCAGCCUGUGCAGCCAUUCAGAAAAUGUCCAGAGUGCGUGUGGUAGACAACAGUCCGCUGGGGAACACUCCCCACCAUCGACCUGCUAAAUGCAUUCAUGUCUAUAACAAAACUGGGGUUGGCAAAGUGGGAGACAAAAUUUUACUGGCCAUCAAAGGACAAAAGAAAAAAGCUCUUAUAAUCGGCCACAAGAUGCCUGGCCCCAGAAUGAUGCCACGAUUCGAUUCCAACAACGUGGUUCUGAUCGAGGACAACGGAAACCCCACAGGAACAAGGAUCAAGGUGCCUGUGCCCUCCAGUCUGCGCCGGCUAGAAGGAGAGUAUUCCAAAGUGUUGGCCAUUGCUCAGAAGUUUGUGUGAUGUACUGGGACUGCAGCCUGUCUCAUCAGGCAACAUUUACAUCUAAUGCAUUUCUCUGUGUUAAAAAGAAAUUAUCUCACUUUUAUUUAUGUAACCAUUCCCCAAUGUAAUGAUACAUAAAUGUAAUAAUACAUUA